AUAACCUAAAAAGUCAAACAACCCUGGUUAUUUUUAGUACUAAUCAUUGUAAUUGUUCAAAAAUACUCAUGAUUACCUCGAAUUUAUAAGUUAGUGUUUGUGAAAGUUUACACUCAAGCAGGGGUGGACGUGGAGUGUAUUUUUUGUGCAGUACAAAGUAAAUACAAACGGCAAGCUGUGGGGAUCAGGGGCCUUUUUUUUGCCGCCGCAGGGGAUGUAUUAUCCUGUGAGUAACGGCAAUGUCAUCGAUACAGGAACACCUACCCUACUGCAUAUGGUGGGGACGGGUAUGGCGGCCCCGUUCCCUGCGGCGGCGGCGGCUGCGGCGGCAGCUGCGCAAUUUGCCGCCAACGGAGACGCUCUGGCCGGCGUGAAGGCUGAGGCUGGACCCGCGGCUCCCCCCCAACCGACCCUGGUUAAAAGUGAAGGUCCGCCGCAGCCGGCACCGUUACCACCUGCCAACUUCUCACCUCAGCCACCACCACAGACACAUGCACCGAAUUCAAUAGAAAAUCAAAAUAAUAGCUCACAAAGCGAAGGAGAAUCAAACGAAGAGAGCACGCCGGUGAGCGUGGCGGCGGUGGUGGCGCAGCAGGCGGCGGCGGCGCACGCGGCGCAUGCGGCCGCCGCACUCACCGCCGCCGCCGCCGGCGCGGCCGCCGCGGCCAGCGCCAACGUCGCCGCCACGGCCAACACAGAGAAGGCCCUCGUGCCCGUCUCACAAGCGUCACAACCCAAACGGUUACACGUCUCCAAUAUACCUUUCCGGUUUAGAGACCCCGAUCUCAGAAACAUGUUUGGGCAAUAUGGCACAAUUCUUGAUGUAGAAAUUAUCUUCAAUGAACGUGGCUCUAAGGGAUUCGGUUUUGUAACAUUCGCAAAUAGUGGUGAUGCGGAGCGAGCACGAGAGCGUCUUCACGGCACCGUGGUUGAGGGCAGAAAGAUAGAGGUUAAUAAUGCGACGGCGCGUGUGCAGACUAAGAAACCUCCGACCGUACCAAAUGUCUGUGUCCAGUGGCCUGAAGUCCCCGCGCCGGCGCUGCGCCCCCGGCCGCCGCGCGCCGCGCACGCCCCGCCCUCCGCGCACGCCCUCCCGCACGCUGUGUUGCCCCGCGCCGCCGCCUACGCGUCGCCGUUGCACGCAUAUGCACAUGUAUAUUACGACCCAUUCUUAGCGGCGGCUGCAACUGCUGACUCGAACUACAGAUUACAGGCGGCGAAGCCCGCAGCCGAGGUAAUACAUCACGCCUCUAGAGCUCGGUUCCGAUCGAUAUUCUAUAUAUAUGUAUCCCAAUCGCUUCCUGAUUCAUGUACUACCACGCUAUAUAGUAUAAGUUGUAUAUCAUUGCGGAGUGAGUGCUGGGAUUUUGUUUGCUCCUUAUUAUACUCGUAUGGUCUUUUGGUAUCCACCGUAAUGCAGGGUGCACAUGUGUUUGUGGUAACCGUACAGAGCGGCACAGUGUUGCGCGCCGGCCGCGGCGAUUGCUUUGUUGAGUUCAUAUCCUUGUUCGUUGGUAUUGUGGUGGGUGAUUUAGUUUUAGGCGUUUGCUCAAGUUAUGAGUUGACUCGAUCAGAUGCUAAUUUAUAUCAUGCUCCGUGUAGAACAUUGAGCCCACAAAUAAUUGCAACUUUUCUAUAUAUACUAACAAUCACAAGUAUGUAGAACUAGUUUUAUAGUUAUUCUAUCAAUAUUGUUACAGUCAUAGUUUGUAUCGUUUCCAACAUCAUUAUUACUCUUUAUAUAGUGCAUGCUCGUCGCUCCCAUCAUUUUACACAUAUUUUCUGCAACAAAACUAACACAGUACUAUUCGACGAUUGUGAAAUCGUUAUUUUGAUGCAGAAACAUGAAUCAUUUAAAACUGUAGGUGCGUGUGCCAAGAACGUUGCAUGUUUUUAUUGUAAAUAAACUAUAUCACAGUUAAAUGUUCACUGGUUCUUUUUCGUGUAUUAAUAAAAUAGCUCAAUGCGUUAUACUCUGCAUCGUCCUAGCUUUUGUGAUUUAAUAUGUCCUCCAAGACUAAAGAAAUCGUACCAGUACCGUCGGCACACGAGAGUUCACCCAGCAUUAUAUCACUGCAGGUGUAAAAUGGUAAGCUGUUAAGAAACAUACUUUUUUCUACGCCUCAUCAGAAUUAAAAUCAGAAAUCAUAAUUUAAAGUGUUGGUGUUCAUUAUUGUCGAAAUGCGAUGUACUUGACGCGACGUCUAUUUUUAGUUCCAAGCAAUUUAGCCUUUGUGGGCUCACUGUUCGUGCAGAUAG